AAUUCGAACGGAACAAAAGAACCUGUGAAUGAUGAAAACCGAACAAGUGAAAAAGAUCCUUUUGGUUGGACAUUCGUUUGUGUAUUUGGUUGCUUUCACAUCACUCUAUUGGCAAAUACCAGGCUUUUAUUUAUAGGACUGUAUGGAGAGAAUGGUCUUUUACCAAUUGCAUCGAAGCUAAAUUGUGGUAAUUUAUUGUUAUCAUUGUCAUUGCCAUUGUAUUAUUAUUAUUGUUAUAAUAAAAAAUUUGAGGUUGGUGAUACAUUUCUAUGGUUCCAAUGGGAUACACUAUUGCUUGAAGCGGGAGCACUGUGUUGUUUAUUGGCACGAAUGCCUUUGAUUGGUUCAUCAUCGUCAACAGAUAACAUAUCGAUCUUCUUGAUUCGAUGGCUUGUUUUUCGUUUGAUGUAUGCAUCUGGGGUUGUCAAGUUGACGAGUCAGUGUCCUGCGUGGUGGAGUCUAACUGCAUUGAACAUACACUUUGAAAGUCAGUGCCUACCAACUUGGAUAGCAUAUUAUGCGCAUCAUUCACCCGAAUGGUUAAGAAGAUUAUCUGUUGCCGCCACGUUCUAUAUUGAAAUGAUUUUACCACCAUUGUUUUUGGUGCCUUUCAAAGCUUUACGGACAUUUGCCUUCUAUCCACAGGUGAUCGUUAAGAAGAAGCAGUUCUGUUGUUUGGAUAUGUCGAAAAUCUUUCCGUGCAGAGUAGAGCACAUUGGCUCAUAUUACAAAGUAUCUAGUUUGUUAAUUUUAGCAUUCUCACGUAGGGGAUUCGCUUCAUUUGUUGAUUGGUCAGUGCUGUAUUUACUUUAUAUAGGAAUUGUGGCAUAUAUUUUGGAGGUUAUUACUGCUAUAAUUAGGUUAUCACCAUUUGCGUCGUUGAGUGAGUCUGCGAAGAGCGUGGUACCAUCACAAGCAAAAUCCUUGUACGAAUGGUCAAAUAACUAUCAGCUGACGCACGCUUACGGUCUUUUCAGACGGAUGACUGGUUUGUAUGGUCGACCAGAAGUGAUUGUUGAGGGUGCGUACGAGCCAAAUGGUCCUUGGGUUCCGUUCAAUUUCUAUGCAAAACCUUUGAAGUUGGAUGCAAAACCGCGAUUCAUACUGCCGCAUCAGCCACGUCUGGACUGGCAGAUGUGGUUUGCUGCGUUAGGUGCUUAUCAGCACAAUCCCUUCUUCAUCUCGUUGGUUCAUCACUUACUGCGUAACAAUACCGAAGUGACGUAUUUAAUGGAUCGAUAUCCAUUCGAGCACAAAUUACCGAAGUUCAUCCGCGCACAGCUUUAUCUGUAUCAUUAUACGGCACCAAAUAAGCAAGGUGAAUGGCCAGUGAACUACUGGAGGCGUGAUUUACAAGAAGAAUAUAUGCCACCGAUAACGAAGGAUGAUCCGAAUGUGAGAUAUUAUCUUCAGGAAAAUGGUUUCCUUCUUAAGGAGAAAUUCCGUUUCAACAAUGAGAAUAAGCGUUUGGAAGGACUAUUGAAGAGUGUACAUUUGUACGUACGAGAAUAUGAUCCAGCAUGGUUAAUCUAUUCGUUACUAAUCGCACAUCUAAUGGCUAUGAUCACAAUGAAGCUGUUUAAUUAA